AUGGUUGCCUAUAAAAAGGACGGAGGUCACAAGACCUAUGACCCUCACCUUCACCCUCCCUCACGGACCUCUCUGCAUCCUGAUGCGCAGGCCCCACCAGCGUGGGCCGCGUCUUCCACAUUCCCCCCACAUUCCCCCCGUCUCACUCAAUCACACCUUUGCCACCAGUACUCACCGUCUACCACUCUAGGGCUCACCCUCACCAUGCCUUCUAGUCCAAAAACCUCCACCCUAGCCACCCCUGACCUCAUUUUCCUCUACUCUGUCCCAUACCUCUUCUUCGACUCUUCCUCAAUCACUUUUUUCUCCUCGCUCCCGACAACCCAAGCCACCCAUCUAGCCACCGCGCGGCUAGCCACCAUGGGCUUUGGCCGCGCCGCUAACCCCUCACCAGCUGUCACGCCUCUAACCUCUGCCCUGACAACCAUCGCCACCGCACCCACCGCCAGCCACGCGCCCUAG